UCGAGAAAGGAAAAAGAUUUCGGAGGGUGCUUGGCAACGCAUGGGUUGGUUUCCAUAGCCCAAAGUGACAGGCAAGGCUAAGCUGGGAGCAGCAGGAAAACGUGCACUGGGCUUGGUGGUGAACCUGUGUACACGUGGCGCAAGCUAAAGCGCUGUAAUUGAUGGCAGGCGAUGGUGGAAAGGGCCUUUUCGAACCUGCAGGGAGGGGGGAGGACGAUGAGGAGGAGGAAGGAGGAUGGGAGGGGGAGAAGAAGGACAUGCAUAUGGAUAAGCAGCAGUGCACUGGGGAAUCCGACGGCGAAGAAGGAGAUCAUCGAGAAGCACGAGAUGAUGGAGAAGACGGAAAUGGCGAUGGUGGCCGUCUGUCUUGCCAGGUGCAGGUUAAGGGCUCCGCACGCGCCGUGCUGCCACAGGAUGACGUACGCGCUAGCUCUCCUAAAUCCAACGGCAGGAACACGCCCAUUCACGGCAAGGAAGGAGAGCAAGUGAUACCUGAAGCUAUGGCAGGAAGAGAAUCCAGUGAUGGUGUGAAAGACGACAGAGGAGGAGGAGGAGGAGGAGGAGGAGGAGGGAGAGGGGAAAGAGGAGGAGGGGGAGGAGGAGGGGAAAGAGGAGGCGAAGGAGGGAUUGUAGAACAAGCAGUGGUAGCAGGAGGAGGCAGUGGUUGCGUGAAAGUCUGUGGUGAAGGAGAAACAGGAGGAGGAGGAGGAGGAGGAGGAGGAGGAGGAGGAGGAGGUGGAGGACGAGGAGAUGGAGGAGGAGGAGGAAGAGGGGGAGGAAGGGGAAAAGGAGGAGAAGGUGGAAAAGGAGGGGAAGGAGGACGGCAGGGAAGAAGAAAGGUUGGGACACUAAGUGAAAGAAGGGUCUUUGCGGCAGCAACAAGUGCGACAGGUGUUGAGGGAGGGGAUGGGGUAGGCGGAAGCGAAGAUGGAGAUCGGUAUCGGGACAGGAGAAGAAGGAAGGUCCUAGCAACAGGAGGAAGCAUUGUUGCUCGCGGUGGUCGGGAUGGAGGAGGAGGUGGGGAGAUGACAGCAGGAGGAGGAGGAGGAAGAGGAGGAAGAGGAGGAAGACGAGGAAGGCGAGGAGGCGGUGAGCACGUGGAACAUUCGAGAAGAAGAAGAACAGACCGAGAGCAGUUGGAAGAGAGUUUUGGCGCUUUGCAGCUCAACUGCACCGCUGGAAUAUCCGAACGAGCUGCGCGCCAAGUCGAGAAGCGGAGGAACGGUGGAAAACCAACCCCUUCCUCUGAUUGCGGACCGCUGCGCGCCGAUGGUGAUCCGACAGAGCUGGGCGCCAAUGACUUGCCACCGAAUCGAGCCGGGCGGAGAAGAAGAAAGAGCUGCGCGCCGAUGGAGAUCCUGGGCAACGAGAGGUUGAGGGGAGAGGGAGGAGCUGCUGCGCUUCCACGUAAAAGAGGAGGAAGACGAGAAGGAAGAGGAGACAGAAGAGGAGGAAGAGUAGGAGGAAGAGGAGAGGGAGGAGAUGGAGCAGCAGGAGGAGAAGGAGGAAGAGUAGGAGGAAGAGGGCGAAGAGAGAAGGAGGUAAAAGAGGAGGAGGAGGAGAAGGAAGAGGAGAAGCAAGAGGAGGAGGAAGCAGAGAAGGGAAAGGAGAAGGAGGAGGAGGAGGAAGAGGAGAAGGAAGAGGAAGCGGAAGAGAAGGAGGAAGAUGAGGAGGAAGUGGGUGCAGCAUUCUCUCCACUCUAAGGGUACGCGGCGUCCAAACGACGUUUCGGGCUGCGGGAUAGCUGGCCCUUCAGCCAGAAGAUGCUGGAACGGUUGCUUGCGGGAGGAGGAGGGCCGCCACUGCCACCCUUGCCGCUUCCAUCGCCGUCGAUUUCAGAAGCAUCGCCAUCGAUGUCCGACUUCGCGUCAGAGAGAAGCCGAGAGAGAAGAGAGGCAUGCUCAGAGGAGAGGCAGGGCGGAGAGAGAACAGAGGGAGGAGGAGGAGGAGGAGGAGGAGGAGGAGGAGGAGAAAAGAAGGGGGCAAACGCGAAAGCGUCAGAGAGAAGCCGAGAGAGAAGAAAGGCAGGCUCAGAGGAGAGGCAGGGCGGAGAGAGAACAGAGGAAGGAGGAGGAGGAGGAGGAGGAGGAGGAGGAGGAGGAGGGGGAGGAGGAGGAGAAAAGAAGGGGGCAACUCGAAAAGAAGGAAGAGGAGGAACGGUGGAGGAGAAGGUGGGAGAAGAAAGACGAGACAAGAAAAGCGAGGAGGAGGAGGAGAGGGAGGAGGAGGAUAGAAGAGGAAAAGCAGAAGAUAAAAAUGGAAAAGAGAGGAAACAGGGGGAGGGAGGAGGAGGAGGAGGAAGAGGAGGAAGAGGAGGAAGAGGUCGUCGCAGAGGCAAGGGUGGUCAUGGAACACCAUUUCGCGAUAGUCGGCGGCGAUGGCGGCAAAGUGGACCCGCGGCUCUCUUCAGCGGAACAUCUCUCCCCCUCCAUCUCCCCCUGGUGGGAGGAGGACUGGAAAUGGAGGAUGGACACGCGGCAGACGCGGCAGACAGGGCAGACGCGGCAGAGGGAGGAAUGAACACCUCACGUACAUCGUCUCCAUCUCCAUCUUCUCGUCGGGAUCCUCGUGCAUCUAAUCCAUCCCCCAACAACGUUUUAAAUGGAGAAAGCAGAAGAAGAAGACACGCAGCAGCAGCAGCAGCUGCAGCUGCAGCUGCAGCACCGCCAUCGCCAUCGCCAUCGCCAGCCGCAGCAGGAGGCGGAAGUGGUGGGGGAGACGGAGGAGGAGGAAGAGUGGGUGCCCCCUCACGCUCUUCUCAAUCGGCUUCUUCCUCUCAUCGUGUCCGUCCUAAAGCCGAUGUAACUGUCGAGCUUGCACGUACAGUAGCAGAAGAUCCAGGCGGACAGGACAACAGAGAAGCAGGAGGAGGAGGAGGAGGAGGAGGAGGAGGAGGAGGAGGAGGAGGAGGAGAGCAUGUCGUUCCUUUGACAAGUAUGCAGUCGUGUUCUCGUGGUGAGCGCCAGUCUGUCGAGAUCCGAGUGGCUGAUCUUCAACGAAGAGGAGAAGAAGCAGCACCAGCAGGUGGAGGAGGAGGAGGAGGAGAAGGAGAAGCACCAGGAGGUAGGGGAGGAGGAGAUGGAGGUGGAGGAGGAGGAGGUGGAGGUGGAAAAGGAGAGGCGUUCGAUCCUCUGACAACCACCGAGUGUUCUGCUCAUGGUCAGGGACAGUCUGGUGGGGCCGCAGUGGUGGAUGGAAUAGGAGAGGAAGCAGGAGGAGGAGGAGGUGGUGAAGCAGGAGGGGGAGGAGGUGGUGAAGCAGGAGGGGGAGGAGGUCUCUCUGCGUGCGUGGUGGCUUCAUGCAACGCACCAGCUUCUUCCUAUGGCGAACCUGGACCGGAAAAGAGUCUUCAUCAUGUCGAAGAAGGUAUAGGAGGAGAGAGAGAACAAGGAGGAGGGCAAGAGGUAGGUGGAGGGGAAGGCCAGCAGCGCAAGGAGUGCAAGGAAGAAGCGAGUUUUCACCGCCGUUCCCGACCCCGACCGCGCAGCCGCGACAUGGCUAGCCGGUCCAUAGCCCAGCUUGUGGAGGAAGAGAGAAGGAAGCAUCAACAAUCGACCAUAGCGAACGUCAACCCAUGCCUCCAGAAAGAGAGAGCAAAAGAGAGACAGAAAGCGAGCGAAAAGGAGAGAGAGAAAGAGAGAGACGACGAGAGAGAGAAAGAGAGAGAGAAAGAGAGAGAGAAAGAGAGAGAGAACUUGCAAACGUCCAGCGAUGGCGGCGGAGGACGAGAGCUCUGGGCAGUUGGUGGUCACACAAGGACGAUAGGGAAAGGGGGAGGAGGGGGAGGAGGGGGAGGAGGAGGAGGAGGGCGUAAUCGACGAUAUGGGAAGAUGAAGCCGAGAGGGAGGAAGAAGAGAUCGAUGGCGGAGAUUGUGGCUGCAACAGAGGUGCAGAUCAACUACUGCUGGUCAGAAGAAGACAGCGAGAGGGAGGAAGGGAGGGAGAGGACGGCGAUGGUGGUUGUACCUAGUCAAACUACCCAGCAGCAGCAGCAGCAGCAGCAGAAGAAGAAGCAGAAGAAGAUGAUGAUCCAUAACAGUGGCCCUCCGUUGAAGAAGAGGAGAGGGAUGGCGAUGGCCGAGAGGAGGAUAAAGCAGGGGAAGGAGACGCAAGCUCCUCCUCCUCCUCCUCCUCCUCCUCCUCCUUCCCCUGUCGGGGCAGGGAAGGGGAGUCGCAAGCGGAAAGCGAGCAGCGCCGAGGCGGAAGCCUCUCGCGGAGCGGAGAACCGGCGAGUCAAGUGGGGAACCGAGCGGGGGGAAGGGGGAGACAUGAGCGCAGCUGCUGCGCGCGGGGGAAGGAGCGAUAGAGAAGCAGCACAAGGUCAUUAUGGGCGGGGACGCUUGGCGCAGAUCGGCGGCAAAGCUGACGUGUGUGGCGACGAGCAAGAAGCGUGUGGAGGACCGGUACUUGCGGCUGCAACGACCGGCAACAGCAGCGGCCGACCGCUGAAACGUUUGCGAAAGACCACCGACGAUGAGGGAGGAAGAGGCAGGGAGCCUGUAGGAAGUCCGGGGGUGAUAGGAGGAGGAGGGAGGGUGGUAGGUUCGGCUGUACGCUCGGCCGUCGGCGGAUCAGUCACACACACAACGGAUCGCUGGACAGAGCGGAUCGCUGGGGGGACAAAAAUCGUCCAAGAAGGACAGCCCAGCGGUGGUGCAGCAGAAAAAGGAGGAGCAGGAAUUGCAGCCAUGGCCAAGAAUAUCGAAUCGACGACGACGAGCGGAACAGCAAUGGGCCAUCGGCGGACGGCGGGCGUUCUGGAAUCAACAUGCAUGGAGGGAGGUGGUCAUCCAUCGGCAAAGCUUCAGCAUGUAAGUCACAACACAGGACGUAAACGUGGGAACGAUCCAGUGGGAAUGAUCCCAAGGUCACCCUCUUCUGAAGACGGGUCGGUUCCAGAAGCGGAACGUUUUACGACUGCCUGCCUUCCAGAAUGCAGCCCAUCUUUCGACCCAGAAGCAGCAGCAGCAGCAGCAGCAGAAGAAGAAGAAGAGGAAGAAGAAGAAGAAGAAGAAGAAGAACAAGAAGAGGAAGAAGAAAAAGAAGAAGGGGAAGAAGAAGAAGGGGAAGAAGAAGAAGGGGAAGAAGAAGGCAGAAGAAUGCGCCGAUCUACCAUUGACGUGUUGCUAACGGAACAGACGUUCUGCUGACGGAGCAGUAACGGAACCGUAACGGAACUUCCGAUGCUAACGACCGGCUUUCUCGUCAUUAUGCUAGAGCAACGUGUUAUGCAUGGCUAUCCGCGUGCGAUAAAGGCCCGCUUCGUCG